GAAGGAAAGUGUGAAGGAAAGUGUGAAACGCCGAAUAUGUACGGCAAAUUGUUCAUCACAUAACAGAGAAGUGUCUGCUAUUAUUUUGGCUGAUAAAGAUGUCUUUACAUCAAACUGGUGAUACUUGAAUAGCUUGAUCAUGAAGUGCAAUUUUUCAUGCAUAUUUCUGGUCACUUUUCUCUUUCUCCAUGAAAAAGUUACAUUGGUAACUUGUUCUAAGGGAGAUUCUUCCUGGAUAUUCCAGCGGUGCCUUAGUGGUUGUCUUCAUAAAAACUGCACUAAUAUGAAAGUCUUUGCCAGUCGCCAACCACUUAGUUUGAAAAUAACAGGUUGGCAUUGUGAAGAUGAAUGCAAGUAUACUUGUAUGUGGUAUACUGUUGAUGCUUAUCAAAAAGACAGCCAACAAAUACCACAGUUCUAUGGAAAGUGGCCAUUUGUUAGAUUUUUUGGUAUUCAAGAACCUGCUUCUGCGAUAUUUUCCCUCUUCAAUGCUUUAACACAUAUGAUGAUUUUCAAAUUCCGAGCCAGGGUGCCAUCUGUUGCUCCAAUGUACUAUGUGUGGCAUUCAAUGGCUGUGAUUUCUGCUCAUGCUUGGUUUUGGUCUCUAGCUUUUCACACUAGAGAUACUGCUUUCACAGAGAUGAUGGAUUAUUUCUGUGCAUUCUCUUUAAUUCUUUACAACUUGUUUCUCUUCUUCUGUCGGGUUGUUGGAACUCAGCACUAUAUAUUCUUAUCAGCACUAUUCAUUGGACUGUUAUCAUUUUGUGUACACCACUUUUAUUAUAUGGCAUAUGUGAAAUUUGAUUAUACCUACAAUGUGUAUAUUUGUUCUUGUAUUGGGUUCCUUCAGUCUAUGUUCUGGGGUGUUUGGUGCUAUAUUAAAAGAAGAGAACAAUACUAUGUCUGGAAAUGUGUAGUUGUGUUGUGUUUAACUAAUGUGCUUUUGUGUCUUGAGCUCGGCGAUUUCCCUCCAUUACUGUGGAUUGUAGAUGCUCAUGCUUUAUGGCACUUAGGAACAGUCCCACUUUGUAUACUUUGGUACAGUUUUCUUAUUGAUGACACCUUAUAUCUUCUAAAAAAGACAAAGCUACAAGGCAUUAUAAUACCAAACCCCAUGGAAACGUCAUAAUUUUGUUUGCACAUAUGCAUACAGACAAACUUAUAUGUAUGUAUAUACGCUCACACAGAAACAUUUACAUAUAUUCAGUAUGUACAUAUAAUUAAAUCA